AAGUUUUUUUUGAGUAAACUGACUUUUUCUCAUUAUUUUAACUUUUCUCUUCCUUAUAAUAAUCUAUGGUUCGGAGGAAUGAUUUCAAACUCUCUUUUACUCUUUCUGCAUUUCUUACUCUAUCUCUCUCAAUCCCUCGCAAAUCUUCCGUAAAACAAAACAUUGGUUUUGUCACGAAGAAAGAAUAUUAUCCUACUGUUCGUAAACUCAUGUUCAUUUCUCUCAGCUUGACACAUGCAUAAAAUGAAUACCAAAUUGUUAAGCUCUUUCUUUAGAUUAUCGCUCAUGCCAUUCAUACAAUCUGCGACGUUAACAUAGCACAGCAAUUGGAUUUUUUCCCUCAAUUAUAUAAGUCACGCAAUCAAUUUAAUCCUUGUACGUGAGGAUACGGCCUCCCUCUAUAUCCAAACUUGUCACACAAUGUGCAAAAAGAGUGGUAUGAAGAUAGCACAGGCGGUUCUGUCGAGUAUCAAAGAAGGGGGAAGUCAUUUGCUAUGAACGUGGUGGCAUAUCGAGAAGCUACUGGUCGACGCAAUCACCUCUUGUUUAAUUUUUUUCUCCUGUUAGCCACUUUAGUAUAAAAGCACACAACUGUUACCGAAAGGACUUACAACAGUUUCACCUAUCGUCAGUUAAGGAUUGCUAGAAAAAUAAUACAAUGAUAAAGACGGUGUUCUACGCCGUGGUCACAGCUUCAUUAGCCACCAAAAAAACAGCGAACGCAGCGUAUGCUGAGUUGCCAAUUGCAGAGGAAACUACUUCGGGUGUCGUCGCUCCAUUAGAAGACGGCAGAUACAGUGGCACAGGUCUUAACAACAUCAGAAACAUUUUAUUUGUAUCGGGUCUCAAAAGAGACGGGCUUAACCUUCGUGGUGCAAAGAGUAACAAUGGUGACUACAUUAUUCCAGGUCCAAACAGUGUUGGAGAUAUCUUAUCUGACCCAGUUCCUAACAGUAAUGAAAACGACUUUCGUAGUACAGGUUCCAACAGUGAAAAAUAUGACAUUAGUCAAGUUUCCAAUAACAGUGAAGAUGUUUUCUACGGUCCGGACAGUGAAGCAAUCAUCUUCCAUGGUUUAUAUCCCAACAGUGAUGAAAGCCAUUUUGAUCUAGGUUCAAAGAACGAUGGGGCAAUCUUCAAUGAUCCAGGUUCGAAAAAUGAUGGAGGCAUCUUUAAUGAUACAAGUUCCAACAGUGACGGAGGCAUUAUCCAAGAUAUAAUUCCUAAUAGUAAUAAAAGUGACAUUUCUGGUGAAAGUCCAAAAAGUGAUGGGAGCAUCUUACAAGGUUCAGGUUCAAUCAGUCACAGAGAAAAGAAUAUUAGCCCCAAUACUAAAAGUAAUAAAAAUCGCAUUUUUGGUCUACGUUUAGGUAGUAACAGUGAUGGAGAAAAAAUCAAAGGUUCCACUAAAAAGAGUGAUGCAGGCGUAUUCCAAGUGUUAAAUUCAAAAAUUAAAACAGAGAACAACAUUGAUAUAGAUACUAAUGGUGAUGGAGGUGGCAUCCAAAGUGCCGGCUUAAAUAGCGAUGAAUUUAACUGCUUAAGAAAAGGUUUCAGUAGCUAUGAAAAAGGAAACAUUGCAUCAGGUCCUAACAGCGAUGUAGGUGGCUUCCAUGGGUUGGAUCAAAAGAGUAGAGGCAUAUUCCAAGGAUUAUAUUACAAUGGUAAUGGAGAGGGCAAUGGUCCAUAUCCAAACAGUGCUAGAGAUUUUAUCAGUGGUCAAGGCCUCAACAAAGAUGGAAGUUACAUAGUUCCUCGUUCAGUCCCUAGCAAAGAAAAAAACAUAUCCAAGCAUUCAAGUUCUAUUGUAGAUGGAGAUGGUGACACAGGUCCAGAUCAGAACAGAGGUGGAGAUAACAUAUAUGGUUUAAAUCCAAAGAGUGUUAAAGGCAUCUUCCAAGGUCCAGGUUCCGAUAGAAAAAGAAAGGGAAAAAGAGUUGCAGAUCCUAACAGUGAUGGUGCCCAUGAGUCAGGUCUAAAGAGUGGUAGAGGAAUCUUCAGAGGUUCAGAUUCCAAUAGUAAUGGAGAAAAAAAUGUAAGAAAAUAUUCAAACGGUGCUAGAGAUGUCAUAAUUGAUCAAAGCAUCAACAACGAGGGAAGUAGCGACAUAAUUUCUGAUGCCAGUACAAAUGGGGAUAGAAACAGAAUUCCAAGCCCUAAAAAUUAUGAAAGCAUCUUCAGAUAUCCAGGUUAUAUUAGAGAUGGUGAGGGAAACUCCGGUCCAUAUCAAAACACGGAUGGCGAUAACAUCUAUGGAUUGGAUCCAAAGAGUUUUAAAGACUUCCUACGAGGUCCAGGUAGCAGUAGAGAUGAAAAGGGAAAAAUUGCCUCAGAUUAUAAAUGUGGUGUAUUUAGCUUAGAUGGGUCAGGUCCAAAAAGGGAUUUAGCUAUCUCCCGAGGUUCAGGUUCCAAUAAUUAUGGCGAAUAUAACAUUAGCCCAGUUAUAAACAGUGAUAGAGGUGUUAUAAGCGGUACAGGCCUCAACAGUGGUGGAAUUAGUUACUUAUUUCCCGGUCAUAGUAGAAAUCGUGACAGUAAAAUUAUAUCAGGACCCAAGAGAGAUGAAAUCAUCUUCAGAGGUAUAGGUUCUAUUAGAUAUGGAGAAGACAACAUUCGUUCAGAGCCUAUCAGUGAUAGAGGUAUAAUUUAUGGUUCAGAUCCAAAGAAUGUUAAAGAGAUAUUUCAAGAUCUAGGUUCAAAAAGAAAUGUGAUAGACAGCACUGGCCCAGAUCAAAAAAGGUCUGCAGGUGUCAUCAGUUGUUUAGCCCCCAAAAGUGAUUCAGGUAGCUUUAAUGGUUUUGGUUCCAGUAAACAUGGAGGUGGCAACAGUAACCCAGGCCUCAACAUAAAAGAUAGCAGCUACGGUGUUGCAUUUUCCAACAGUGACGUAGGUGAUUUUAAACUUGGCGAUUACCCUUACAGCGGAUGCAGCAGCAUCAAAAGAGCCAACAAGUUUGAAAGCAGGAACAGCGGCUGUGACAGUUACGUUAACGACAAAGUUAUCCAAAGUGACGACUUUAACAUUUUUAGUAGAGACUACAAACCUGGAAACUCUGGCUUCAAACAGGGUGACGACGAAUGCAAAUAUAGCGGAAGCGACUACAAAAUUGGUGAUGAUCUGUGGAAAAUUGCUGGAAGAGUUUAUAAAUUAGGGGGAAAUGGCCACUAUAUUGGCAAAUGCGGUUAUAAAAUUGAUGACGCCUAUCAAACUGGCAGUGGUGGCUUCCAAAUUGGCAGUGAUUACCAAAUUGACGGCAGCUACCAAAUUGGUAAUAACUACCAAGGUGGAAACACUGGCUGCCAAAUGGUUAAUGGUGUCCACCAAAAUAGAUGUGGCAACUUUGGUGACAUGGUUGUCCUCGUUGGAGGCGGCUGCAUCCAUAAUGACUACGUUGGCUACCACUGUGCAGGCACUAGUUACUACAACAAGUUCAACAACGAGGAUGCUUUUACUAAAUACCUUCCCGGUUGGCAAAGUUCUCUCAAAUGGAGGACUAUUUUGCCACAAGUUGCUGAACAACCCCCAUUAUAUGGAAACUAUUUCAGCUAUUACAAAUAUCCACUCCCACAUUUAUUUACAUUUACAAAUUUUGGUUGUUAUUAGAAGCUCACUACGAGAAAAAAUGUAUUUUUUUUUCUGAAAAUAUUUUACUGUACAAUACCAAAAAACUUUACAUACAGUUGAAAAAAGAGUACAAAAAAAUCAACUAAUUUAAAUCUGUGAUAUUUCAAUAAAAUAUUAAAUGAACGAAUGUAUGAAUGUGUAGAGUACUAAUAAAUAAUUUGUUCACUAAAA